AUGGUGCACCCCAAUGUUUUCUCAAAAGAAGUUGUUUCUGCGAAUGUCCAAGGUGUUGUUGUGAAAGCGGUAGAUGUUGGCAACCAAUUUAAAAGCAAGCAAGAAUUUGAAUCUCGUGAUCAAAUGCUUCAAUGGAUUCGUACGGAGGCCUCUAAACUUGGAUUUGGUGUGGUUACUGGAAGGUUUGAUAAUGGUUCGGAUAAAAGAUGCGUUUUUGUGACAAUGACACGCGAAAGAAGCAGGAAAUACAGAACUCCUCUCCGAAAUUUUAAAAGAGACGACACUGGUUCUAGAAAAUGUGAGUGUCCGUUCAAGGUGCAUGGUUACAUGUUGACAAACAAAAACUGGAGAUUUAAUGUGAUAUGUGGUUUGCAUAACCAUGAUUUGUGUGAAAAAUUAAUCGGUCAUCCUAGUGUGCGUUGGCUCAUGCCGAAAGAGAAGGAAUGUUUUGCUGACAUGACCUUGAAUCUGGUUCAACCAAAAAAUAUGCUUGCAACAUUGAAACGAAAACGAUCUAGAAUUAUAUCAAAUAUCAAGCAAGUGCAUAAUAUUUUGUACCUAACUAGCAAGGUGCUUAUGGGGGAUAAAACUGAGAUGCAACAACUCUUGAAACUGUUGUAUGAUUACAGUUACGUGUCUAGGUAG